AUGUCACGGCAAAUGUCUCAUUUUACUGCUCUAUUUUCCUCGCCUCUUACCAAGCAAUUGACGACUGCCGCCCAGCCGCGCGACAUACCUCUCGUGAUCUGCUUGACCGAUGUCUCGGCGUAUCAGCGCGACAUCCUCAGCAGCCUCCGAUCCAGUAUUCAACAGUCGACAGCAUAUUAUCGCAACGUGAUCGCUAUAGGAACAUAUCUGGAUAAGAAUUCAGGUCCAAGCCAUUCGGAUGGAGAUAUUCUCUCUUACCUGGGCCUGAAUCCAAUACGGAGAGCCAUUUCCAUAGUUCCUGUUAACUCCAACGUCCAGAGAAUGCUUGUCACGAGAGAUGAGAAACUUGAGAGCUCCACACGGUACAAGUCCGCCAAUAUCAGAGCACUCCAGAAAGCGAUCCGUGAUCGGUGCAAGGAGGAAACAAGUAUCGCACUACUGCAGCCGCUGGCCAAAUGGAAGUUUCUCGACAAUUCUGACGCAGCGAAAAUUCUUGGAGCAGGCAACUUGUCGAUCGAAGACAUUGAUGAACUCGUCAGACAAAUUGGCGAGGAAUUCUCAUCAGAGACUAUUGAAAAGGUGGUCCUCCGAAUGGGUCAGAGACAAGUACUACUUCGGACUUGGAUUUCUGGGGAAGGAGAUGGUCAGGAUUUGGGCUUGGGUGGCAAGUGGUCCAACUUUUCUCUGGAGACCCAGGAAGCCAUUCGGAAACUCGAGCUAGAAAUCGAAUUCGAAAGAGAGAUCAACUUAGAUGAAAACAACGACGCUAAUGCUCGGCCUGCUCAUGGUGUCCUGAAGCACAGCCGAAUUGGAGGAGCACUACUAUACGGUCCACCGGGGACAGGCAAGACGCACCUGGCACGUGUCAUAGCGCGAGAGUCCAAGGCUGUCACUAUUUGCAUCUCCGCUGCUGAGCUUGAAAGCAUGUGGGUCGGCGAGACGGAAAAGGCUAUCCAGAGUCUUUUCCGAUUAGGAAGACUGCUCACUCCGAGCAUCCUAUUCAUCGAUGAAGCCGAUGCUCUCUUCCGUGCCCGGGGUCCCGGAGACCGCGGCUAUGAACGGAGCAGGACGAAUCAGCUGCUCGCCGAAAUGGACGGCCUUGCAAGGUCGAAGGCUGCCCCCUUUGUACUGCUUGUGAGCAAUUUCCCCCACGAUAUAGACAACGCCGUCCUCCGUCGUGUUCCUAGCCGCCUUCACCUUGGUCUUCCGACCACCGCGUUGAGAAGAAAGAUCUUGGGUAUCACGCUCCGCGAUGAGAGACUGCAUUCUGACAUCAACCUUGAACACCUGGCCGACAGGACAUAUCGCUACUCGGGGUCAGACAUCCAGGCCCUCUGCGUCCAGGCUGCCCUUGUGUGUAAUUCCUUCUCUACCGAAGGUGAGGGCGAAGGCAAAAGAAUACUUGCCCACUCACACUUCGAGAAGGCUUUUAAAAGGGUUUCGCCAACAGUCUCAGGGAAGGCAUUAAUGCUCAUCCAGGAGUUUGCGAAGGAAUCUGAUCCUGUGGGGCAUGAAAAGUUGCUAGCACUCGAACAACAGGAGCAAGAAAUUCGCGCGAGAGCUCUGACAUACCAAUGUGAUUCUCUCGAUCCAGACGGGAAUCAGAUUCGGGUGCUCUCGUUUGACGUCCAGAAACUGGAUGGACCCCAAAACGAUCAGGAUAUAUUAUCAUGCACGGUUGAAAUCGUUAGUCUGAAUGACUGGACAUUGCAGUACGUGGAAUUCAAAUCCUUCUUCGAUAAUGUGUGGGAUACACAAAAAAACUCUCUAGACCAAGAUUCGGAGGAAGGUUGCCACCAUGAACAAAUACAGGUGAAUUAUUUGCGUGAGGCAUGGGCCGAAUUCGGGGGCCAAAAGCGCCCUCACAUGUCCCCGGUCGACGAUCCCGACGAUGUGUCCGGGGAGGAUAUCAAGGCUGCUGGCAAUAGAUUCAACUGGGGAGAUUACAUGGCACUGAGCUACGUCUGGGGAGACCCAACGGUGAAGAAGAGGAUUUUCAUUAACAAACAUCCUUUCGAAGUGACGCUUAACCUUUAUCAUGCGUUGAUCAGGCUGAGGAGUUCUCUCGAGGUCAAAGAUCGAAGACUAAAGGUCUGGAUUGAUGCCAUUUGCAUCAACCAGAAUGACCUUAGCGAGAGAUCAAGCAUGGUCCGCAAGAUGGACACUAUCUACUCGGAAGCCCUCUGCGUCAGGGGCUGGGUUGGUCGUCCUUCGCCAGCUGUUGCCGCCAUGCUUCCCGAGGUUCAAAGGCUCCUGGGCGGCAAACUGCGGGACUGGACACCGGUCAUGCAGCUGGCAGACGAUGACUUCGAACUUGAAGAUGAGAGACCGUACGCCUUGGAUCUGGAUACUGCCACCUCUGUGUGGCUUGCUGCCCGUAGCCUCUCCAGUGAACCGUAUUGGGGAAGGCUGUGGAUCACUCAGGAGAUGACGCUCGCUUCAACGAUCCUGUUUUGGUACGGUGACUCCGUCUUUUCGCCUGCCAAGGUGACAAAGCUGUUUAUACUGCCGCAGUUCUCCAGGGCUUCAGUCCCGGAAGAUAUGAAAAUGCUUAAUACUGCCGAAAGGAGCAUGGGCAUUCUUCACCGAAUCGUGAUGCUGCGGCCGGGAAUUCGGUCGGUGCCGCUAGGGGCGGAAAUGUUCGUGCCGAGAGCCAUGCUCCCCCUGUGGGAUCUCAUAGUUCUGUCACAGUCUUCCAAGGCCACCGACCAGCGGGACAAAGUAUACGGCCUUCUUGCCCUUCUUCCACAAGCAAUCUCCUCCCGGAUUCGUCCAACCUAUGAGGUCUCCGUCGAUGCCGUGGCUAUAUAUACGCUAUUUUCCAGCGUUUGUAUCCAGGUAGAUGGAAAUCUCAACACGCUUGCCAGAAUCCAUGCCCACACUUCUCAUUCUAAAGGCUUGCCCAGCUGGGCCUUCGACCUUGAGGCGGCACCGGACGGCUUGUGGGAUGACGAUCUCGCGCCCCAUUUAAAAGACCUCCCUCUUCGGUAUCAGUCUGCUGGCCAUCUGGCCACGGCCUCCCGGGGAUCUUUGGAAGAUUUGCUAGAACAGUCCAGUGCCGACGGGGGGCAGAAGCCAUCGAUAGCCUUCUCAGCAGAUCUGCGCCUCCUGACUUGUCGGGGCCUGUUCAUCGAUACUGUAAGCGGCCUUGGGGCUGGGCACUUGCAUUUCGUCACUUUCAAGCACAUUUCUGGACCGGAGCAAUGCGUCAUACACCCCGCCAACGAAUUAUCGUCAUCUUCCGGCAAAGAUGUCUCCCGGCUCUCCAUAGCCCGCUUACUGAUGCACGACAGGAAGUAUGAAUUUUGCCAAGGGCCUUCGGUGCUAGACAUACCCUGGAUGAGCUUCGAAAAAGUUGGUCCGGAAUAUUGGUUGUCUCAAGAUCCAACACCGUUGACCACACUCAGGGCAGCGUUUGAGGGCUUUCUUCACCCAAGUGCGACACUCAAGCUCGCCUCGGUUCAACUCAAAGAUUACUUCCAACCGACGCAGGAAUCCUGUCCGAAUCCAGAGAGAUACACCGAGAUGCUACAAAGGAUGUUAUUGCACUUUUUUAACCGGAGGCUGUUUACGGCAGAAGGAGGGCUCGUGGGUAGCGCAACCGAGCGUACUAUGCUGGGCGACAGGAUUGCUGUCAUCUUGGGAUGCAAAAUGCCGGUCGUGCUUAGACCUAUGGGUGACUCUUACCAGUUUAUUGGAACCUGUUUUGCCGAGGGAUUAAUGGAUGGAGAAGCGCUUCAGGAUGGGCAUGUCGAAACGGAGGAAAUUUCACUUUGUUAAUGUCGUAUGUACGGGUACUAGGGAGCUUUAGCUUCGCUUACUCAGCGGCCCCCUUUUAUUUAGCUAGAUCCAGAGGCUCCCUUUAAAGCUUCUUUUAAUCAGAUAACUACUUAUAC